UCACUUUCCUUUUGAGCAUUCUCGGUCCACCAGCUGCAGUCAGUCGCUCUUGAGCCUCUGCUCGGGCCGAAUCGCCAUCGAUAUUGCGCUCAUCGUACAACAGUUCUAUUGAUUGCGGUUGAUAUAGUCAAAUAACUUGUUUACAUCGAAACGAUCAAUGCAAUUAGACAGCGCCAGGUCUUGUGUGUGUUUGGUGUUGUUGUUCAUCGUAGCGACCACCGGUAGCAAAAUGACGCACUGGUUACAACAAGACUCUACCUCUGAGCAACCAGACGAAGAUCCUUUUUUAACGGCAGAUGCUUUGUGGAGAGUGAAAAGGAUCGUGACCAAGACAUCUUCAACGGCGAUGAAGGAUCGGAUGGCGGCCGUCGGAGCAUCGGUCGAGAGAUCCACCACGCUCCGUUCUCAUUUAGUAACGCUGAUCAGCAUGCUGCGCAAAGACGGCGGUUUCAGUGAUUCGGCCAAAGAUCGCGAUCCUGCGUGGAAAGCGACAGACAUCCGCCUGGCCACCCAUUUAGUGGCCGCGUAUUAUUUACUGAAAGACAACGGCUUCAAACCAGCGCAGGCUGGCAGAAGAUUAAAAGGCAACAGCGACGAUGAUCGCCUUCUUGAUUUUAUGGCCGCCUGUUUUGUUUUGUUCAGCAAACAUUCGGGCUUUAUCCGGCUGCCGGAUGCGAAACAUUCCGAGGCAUUAUCGCCCGAGGAAGAAGAUGAUUUUCUGCGCGAGCUUACUGCCCUCUUCUUUGUUCUGUCCAGUGGUGGUGAUGUGUUUAAGAUGCUCACUUCUACCGUGGGCGCCAAGGAAGCUGGCGGCGACCUCAUCCAUCAGCGGCAGGUGGCGGUGGAUUUUUCUGUGAAGCUCAGUCAAGCCAAUGGUCUCAAAUUGCCAUUCAAAGGAUGCGGAGAGAAUCGAGAUGAAGGCAAGCGAGGUCAAAACGACUGGCCAUGGAUGGUCGCAUUGUUGGCGUCUAAUCAAAACAACCGUCUCUUUUGUGGGGGAGUUCUCAUUAACGAGUGGUUCGUCCUUACAGCCGCCCACUGUUUAAACGAUAAACGAAUAGAGGAAGUCACCGUCAGACUGGGCGAAUUUCACUUCGGAUGGCCCAACAACGACCGGCGGGAUCACGACGUAGAAACGAUUCAACUGCACGAAAAGUUCAAUAAAACUUCGUUCGACAACGACAUCGCCGUCAUAAAACUUUCGGAUAGAGCUGACAUGAGUGACAGAGCCGGACGUAGUGGUAACAUUUGGCCCAUAUGUUUACCACCUCCGGGAGUUCAAUUAGAAAACAAGAACGGCUACGUUGCCGGUUGGGGCAAGACAUCGCACGGUGGUUACCCCAGCGAAGUUUUACUGGACGCCAAUCUGCCCAUUUGGAGACGUGACGAGUGUGAGCAAGUGUUCCACAUUAGACAAGAUCCAAUCGACUAUCGAUAUCAGUUCUGUGCCGGACCAAAAGACGGCGGUGAAGAUGCGUGCGAUGGCGAUUCAGGUGGACCUCUUAUGUACAAAAUGGAAUCAGGUCGGUGGGCGGUAGUCGGCAUCGUUUCCUGGGGCAUCGACGGAAAGUGUGCGGUGGCUGGACAACCAGGUGUCUACACCAGAGUAUCGGCUUAUUCCGAUUGGAUCUACCGCCAAAUAUCAUCCAAUUAACGUUUGGGAAAUGAUUCAAUUUUCCUAAAUUUGUCUUUUUCCUUCAAUGUUAGUAUCUGCCAUGGCCAGCACGAGUUCCCUGUUAUGUUAUUUAUGUCGUACUCAUCGUCAGCAAUUUCCAUACACGCGCAUUCUUCUUAAGAACAUUGUUGUCUUUUUGUAUACUGAAAAAAAAAAGCCCCAAUAAAAUCUUGAAACAUG